AUGACGCGAGAGAUUCUGUUAUCCCUCCUGGGGAUCCUCGUCGUGGGCGCAGAAGGGUUGAAGUGCGGUCACCCAGCGGUACCGAUGAACGCCAAAGUGUCGUUGUCCGACGAAUCCUUGCAAACCGGUGCUCUGGCGACGUACACGUGCGACACCGGAUACGAAUUAUUUGGCAGCGGCAGCCUGACGUGCAACGCUCGAGGGAAAUGGCAGGGGGAUCUACCAUUCUGCGGUACGAACGUCGCGUUUCGCAAACCGACGAAUCAGUCGACGACCGUGCGAGGCGGAGACGCCGGGCACGGGAACGACGGCGACUCCAGCACGGAGCAUGACGGGAAAAGGUGCACGGAGACGCAAAGCGAGCCCAGCCCUUGGUGGAGCGUCGACCUUCUCAAGUCGUACUCGGUAAAGGUCGUUCGAGUAACGACCAGGGGAUGCUGCGGCCACCAGCCCCUGCAGGACAUCGAGAUACGCGUGGGCAACAGCAGCGUGGAACUGCAACGGAACCCUUUGUGCGCCUGGUUCCCGGGCACGAUCGAGGAAGGAAUCACGAAGACUUUCGUGUGCGCCAGAGCCCUGGUCGGCCAGUACGUGUACCUGCAGCUGGUGGGCGUCGAGGGGAGCUUGAGCCUCUGCGAGGUGGAGGUGUUCGCCGUUGACGAGUUCUCGACGGACAGGUGCGCCUACGCCGGGACGCCGGCCGACGCCGACUUGGCCGCCUUCAAUUCCACCUGUUACGAGUUCGUCGUGAAAAAAGGGGGCUCCUUUCAAGAAGCCAGAAACUACUGUCGCGCGAGAGGCGGUGACCUCGUGCACGGCUUCAAGGGCGUGUCGGCGAUAUACAUACUGAACAAUCUCGAAAGGCGAAAGGAGAAGCUGAAGACGCAGCUAGUUUGGAUAGGGGCGCAAAAGGAGCCUCUGAUCACGGCGCGAACGUGGCGAUGGGUCGACGGCGAGAUCGUGCAAAAGCCUUCCUGGGGAAAGGAUCAGCCGAACAAUUAUAACGGCGAGCAAAAUUGCGUGGUACUGGACGGUGGUCGCAACUGGCUAUGGAACGACGUGGGUUGCAAUCUCGACUACCUGCACUGGAUUUGUCAAAGCAGACCGCCUACUUGCGGCAGCCCGGAGAAGUCUGAGAAUGCGACGAUAAUAGGCACGAAGAGGACCAUUGGAUCCACGAUAGACUACGUUUGCCCUGACGGAUACAUGCUGAUUGGCUCGAAGAGCAGAACCUGCGAAGCUAGCGGCUUUUGGAACGGGGCAUCGCCCACGUGCAAAUUCGUGGACUGUGGCCCCCUGCCGGAGCUGGUGAACGGAGCGAUCACGUUGGUCGACAAAAGAACGACUCACGGAGCGCUGGCCGAUUACGCCUGCAAGGAAAAUUACACGCUGCUCGGCGACGUCAGACGCAGAUGCGGCGACGGUGGUAUUUGGAGUGGACAUAAACCUCAAUGCUUAUUCGACUGGUGCCCGGAACCACCGCAGGUGAACGGAGGAAUCGUGACGAUUACCGGAAGAAGAGCAGGCUCGACCGCCACCUACUCCUGCCAGAACGGCUUCAUUUUGUUCGGAGACAACGUCCUCUCGUGCGACGUCGGCGGUGAAUGGUCCGGCAAAGCGCCCCAGUGCAAAUUCGUCGACUGCGGGGCACCGGCUCAAAUCGAAUUCGGCUCCGUGACCUUAAUUAACAACACCACCACCGUUAAGAGUCUGGCGGUGUACACGUGCCUGGAGGACUACUGGCUGGUCGGCGAGGCCAGGCAAGAGUGCACCAAGGAAGGAAAAUGGAGCCACGACACGCCGUCCUGCGAGCUGAUCACUUGCGAGGAGCCCGAAGUGCCGGCCGGAAGUUACGUAGUCGGGUACGAUUUGAACGUGCACAGUGCCAUCGAGUAUCACUGCGAGGCAGGAUACCUGCUUCAAGGCGAAGCGAGACACACUUGCGGCAAAGAUGGCGAAUGGUCGGGCGACGUGCCCAGCUGCGAAUACGUGGACUGUGGGAAGGUGCUGCCCGUUUUGAACGGGGCUGUAGAAUACGCGAACGGAACUACUCAUCUCGGAAGCGAGAUCACCUAUGGUUGCACGAGGAACUAUAGACUGAACGGAGUGUCCAGAAGAUACUGUUUAGACAACGGCCAAUGGAGCGACGCGACUCCAAAGUGCGAGGAAAUCCGAUGUCAGGAGCCCGUGUACGCGGAACACGGGAUCCUCUCUGUGACCGGGAACGAUCGAAUGUACGGCAGAACGUUGAUCCGUACUGGAACCCCUGAGAAUUCCAACACGGGGGCGACGUCGUACAAAAUCGGUGCCCUGGCCAAGUAUCGAUGCGAGAGAGGGUACAAGGUGAUCGGCGAGCCUCUGUCCACGUGCGAGGACAACGGAAAGUGGAGCGGCGAGGUUCCACGAUGUGUUUACGUCGAUUGCGCCAAGCCGGAUCACAUUCAACACGGCAAGUACACUCUUACGUCGAACGCGACUUACUACGGAGCCGCUGCACUCUACGAAUGCGAUGGCAACUUCGAACUGGAUGGAUUCGCCAGGAGACUGUGUCUCGAGAACGGCACCUGGAGCAGCGACACUCCGAUUUGCAAAGAAAUCAGGUGCAGAGAUCCUGAAAAAGAAGGAGUGCUGUCCACGCAAGUAUCGACGCACAGCGUCGGUGGUGUGGCUCACUACAGUUGCCCGCGUGGAUUCUAUAUGGAAGGAAACGAAACUAGAAUAUGCCUGCAAAACGGAUCCUGGAGCGGAAGUAUGCCCGCUUGUUUCUCCGUAGAAUGCAAGCAUCCGGGACCCAUAGAAAACGGAAGGGUGAUCGUGGUGAACGGAACCACAACUUAUGGCGGGACCGCAGAGUAUCAUUGCUUACCGCAAUACGAGAGAGUCGGUCCGUUUCUAAGAAAAUGUUUGGAUAUCGGGUCGUGGAGCGGUGACGAACCAAAGUGCGAAUUUAUGCCAAACGAGGUAGCAGAAUCUCAAGGCGUGGGCACCAGCGUUGGCAUCGGAGCCGGAGUGAUCAUAUUUAUACUAAUUGUUCUUGGACUCGUUUACCUAAGACUGAGAAAAGCCACCCCGGUAAAGAACACGGAGAACGUGCAAGCGGCUGAAAGAAAAGAGGACCAAAGCGCAGCAGUGAUGUCUUACGCCACGCUCAACGACGGAACACCUAACACUAUGUACGAAAAUGUUCCAGAAGAUGGUCUUUACGACAGUCCGUACAGCAUAAGCGGCAGUACUUACGGGUACGGGAACAACGUGAGGAGACAUUACGGUAGAUCAGGACACUACGAAGCGGAACCGGUUUCAAAUAGAAACGGCAUCACCAUUAACGGGGUGUCUGUACGAUAGUUCGAUAUCGACAAGUUAGAAUCGAGUCUUUUAAAAUCAGGUAUUAUUUAUGUACAGGAUAGAAAAGUAGGAAGAUACCGAUACGCGGAACAUUGUUGUCUUUAUUUAUGUUAUUAUGUUCGGCGCAUCGCCGAUUUAUGUAAAUAAGUAAAGAGGAGAAACGCGACAACUGCGUGCCCGUAAAGAAUUCGCGUCUGUGUGUUUAUAGGUCAACGACAUACGCGUUACAUUAACGACCGUGAACGAUUAUCUAUUACCCCGUUUCGUACGCAUUCGAAAUUAUUCGAUACUUCAAUCCAUGUACCAUUAUGUAUAUAGAAUAUUAUCAGUAAUUUAGAAGUAUUAUCUGUAAAUCUCAA